AUGAAUAGUUUAAAUAUAUUAUUUUUCAAUAACCUAGGAGAAAAUAUUUUAAAGUUCUUCAACCCCAGUUUCAAAUAUGCAAGAAGUAUAACAAAGAAUUGGUUUUUAAUGAACCCUACUCAUUUCUUUAUAGCUUUAUUAUCAUAUCUUAUAUUUGUAUUUAUAUCAUAUAUAUAUUAUAUUAAGUAUGGAAGUAAAAGUAGACAUGAUAAAACCCUAGCAGCAAAAAUUGCACCCGCUAUAACAAGAAGCCACAAAAGUACACCUCUAGAACGGAUGGUUGAAAAAUUAACACCCUCCUACAAUCUUUUACAAGUCUUAUUCAGCUUAAUUAUCACAUUGCUAACAGUAUACGAAGCAAAGAAUAGACGUUUUUCUUUAUUUUACAAUUCAGUUGAUUUUUCCAAAAAAAAUAUCGCCUUGUGCUGCUGGCUCUUUUACUUGAACAAAUUAGUAGAUUUUGUUGACACAAUUUUAAUUGUUCUGAGAAAAAAAUGGAACCAGUUUACCUUCCUACAUGUUUAUCAUCAUUUAUCAGUUUUUCUAAUCAUGUGGGUAAACACAAGUGUAGGAUAUGAUGGAGAUAUUUACUAUAUUAUUGUAGUGAA